AUGUUUGGAGAUGUAAUUAUUGGAAAAUGGCAAAAUAUUAGAGAUGCUUUUAUACGAUCAUUAAAGAAAAAAAGUGGCCAAGGAUACACCAAAAAUUAUAUUUAUUCUGAACAGUUAAAAUUUCUUCUGAAAAUUGCUCAAAAAGAUGAUACAAAAUCGAGUAUUAUUGAAGAGGAGUCGACUGAAGAUAUUAACGUUGAAGAUAAUGUUUCAGAAGAAGUAAUAAGUUAUCGUAGUUCUUUAGCCAAAAAAAAUAAACAAAAAGAAGAACGUAGGAAUAAACGUCAUGCUGAAGACGAUUUGGAUAUGGAAAUAAUUAAAGCUUUAAAAACGUGCGAUACGCCUAAGACUCCUCCAGAUGAAGAUCAGUCUUUUUUCAAUACUAUUUUACCAUCUGUGCAAGUUAUGACGGAAGAUGAAAAAUAUGAGUUCCGUAUUUCAGUAUUAAAACUAGUUCAUAAUAUUAAAAAAAAAACGGAAUAA